AUGGAUGGCCAUAGCCGAUCAGUUUCGCCUGCUCUACCUGUGGUGGUGUUCAUUGAAAUCAUGCACUGUCUUUUACCUGCAAUCAUCCUUGUGUCUACUUCAAAGAGAUCGGUUCUUCGAUAUUUCUCCGUCCUCGCGAUGACGUUCAUGACAAUGCAAGCCACACGACCCGUUUUGGGUCUGGGACAUACGGGGGCCUACUUUAUAGGCCACAUUGCAAUAACAACCCUUCAAGCUGCUGAUAUCCUGCUGAUAAACCCUAAAGACAGCUAUGAUUUGGGCUACGAGAGUUCCAGCGGGCCGACCUACUGUCUUAUCAGAGCGAUUCAGCUUGUUACCCAAACUCGAGCCAUAAACACGCCCUGGCAGGUGAAAAAUGUUCCAUCUUUUCCAAAAUAUUAUACGCGCAGAAACCCGAAAGCUAUAUCCCGACCUCGUUUCUUAAGUCGACAAUUGAGUAUUGCUACAUGGCAAUAUCUCAUUUUAGAUAUAUUUUCUACUCUUACGAUCGAAAAUGCGCCCAACAGAAAACAGGAUAUAUCUGCUCAAAUUGAAUGGAAUCUAUCUUUCAGUCAAUGGAUAGAGCGCGCCGUAUCAAAUCUGAUUGCGUGGUUUUUUGUGGCUCGAUUGCUUAUUGACAUUCACUACCGCAUCUUUUCUAUUAUUUUCGUGGCGUUCGGAAUCGACAAGCCAUCGAGUUUCCCUCCAUUAUUUGCGAGAGUUUCCAUGGCAUAUACUUUGCGAAAGUUUUGGGGAAAUUUCUGGCACCAGAUGCUACGCAAGCCUUUCACCGCUGUAAGCAACUUCGUUGCUCGCAAUCUACUAUGCCUCCCGAGGCCGUCCAUUCUAGAGCGCUAUAUCAACAUUUUCAUAGUUUUCUUACUUUCGGGCAUGAUGCAUGUAUUCGUUGACGUUUCAAAAGGAAUCGCACCACAAGACUCUGGCGCAAUAGCCUUUUUUACUUCUUUUACUAUCGGUUUCAUCAUUGAGGACGGAAUCCAGAUACUUUGGAAGCGGUUGUGGACUUCCAAAGAUAACAAUUAUCCCCGUGGCAAGGUUUAUCUGUCGACCUGGCAGAAGACCGUUGGCUUUUGCUGGGUUAUGCUUUGGCUUUCUAUCGUUUCAACGUGGUACUUUGAGCCAAUGCGGCAAAGUACGGUUGAUCAGAAUGGUCUCGUUCCGUUUCGCAUUUCUUCGCGGUUUGGCCUUCAUGCCGUUCUCCCGGCGGUUAUUGUUGGCGCGGUGAUUUUACAUAUUGUCUUUGAAACCGAAGUUUGA